CCGAGUCGAUACUUCAUCACCCGCAUAGCAACACUUGUCUUCAUCAUGGACUCUUUCAUCAACAAGGCUAAAGACUUCGCCGAGUCCGACCAGGGCAAGGGUCUCAUCGUGAGUAUCAUCGAGCUCGCGCUCGCAGGCUCCAUCAACUUCGCUCCGCUCAACCCCGCUUUUGUUUCUUACAUUCGUUCACCUGGCCCGGCAGAACAAGGCUCUUGGCAACCAAGGAAACCAAGACAACCAAAACAGCUACGGAGGCAACAACGUGAGUUGACCACGUCUACCUAAAAGUUGCCAGUCGUCAUCGGCUAAUUCGUCCCACUCGCAGUCGUCUAGCAACAAUGAUAGCUACGGUAGUGGUAACAACUCCUCCAGCGGCGGUGGAUUUGGCUCUGUGAGUCGACGACUUGCUCACCAUUUAUUAUGAAUGGCGGUAGCUCACACGUAUGCCCAUCCAGUCCAACAACGACAACAACGACAGCUACGGCAGUGGAAACAAGUCAUCCAGCGGCGGCGGAUUCGGUGGCGUGAGUCGCUCAAAGACCGACACGAUACGACAGCACUUGACUGAUCAGUCCGAUUCUUGUUGUAGUCAUCGGACAGCUACGGCUCCAGCGGCGGUCGCGACAACAACGACAGCUACGGCUCCAGCGGCGGUCGCGACAACAACGAUAGCUACGGAUCCAGCGGCGGCCGCGAC